UAAUCUUGGUGUUGGGGGGGUUGGGGUGUGCAGACCACAGCAGAUGUGAUCCUGGAAAGUUCUGCCACUUGCUGAACAAAGCGAAACAUCUCUCUAACUAUUUCACUGGAAAACUGCUGGAAGGAGAUUAUAUUUUAUUUAAGUUUCCUUCAAGGAUCUACACUGUUUAGCACAGUUUUCAACUGUAAGGAAAAGCAUACACAAUGCAAUCUCACAGCACACUCACAAAGGAAUUGAAGCAACAAGCAUCAGCCAUUGUAAAAGAGAUCCAAGGAAAUGAAUUAGAUCUGGACUAUGGAAAAAAGAUCAGCGUUCCCAAAGACAUAAUGCUGGAAGAGCUUUCCCUCCUUUCCAACAGAGGGGCCAGGUUGUUUAAAAAGCGGCAAAGGAGAUCUGACAAAUACACAUUUGAGGGGUUCCAGAAUUCCAUCAAUUCACAAAUAAAUAGCUAUACAUCAUCCAUAACACAUUGCAAUGAUGGAACAGAAAAUUGCAAAGGCACGAGGAAUGAACUGCAAAGUGAGCAACAAAACACCCCUAAAACUCCUCCAAAUACUCCUGAUCCAAGGACUCCACCAAAUCCAGAUUCUAUUGCUCCAGGAUAUACUGGACCACUGAAGGAAAUUCCGCCUGAAAGAUUUAAUGCAACUGCUGUACCAAAAUCAUAUCAUACACCAUGGGAGGAAGCCAUUGCAGGUGAUCCAGAACUUCUUUCAACAUUACAACCCAGAAUGCCAGAGCUCACACCUAAGGUAGAACUGGCUGAGUACAAGACUUUUAACAGAGUUGCAACUCCUUAUGGUGGUUUUGACAGAGCUUCCAAAAUUAUGAAUUUCAAGUUACCAAAGCUGGAUUUUGCAUUACUGGAACCAGAGCUCAAGUUGCCCGUCUUCCAAGAUGGUACUGCUGGUCGACCAAGCUUCAACAGAACUGCGCAAGGUUGGACAUCUAACAACGUUGCAAUAGUAUUCGAUGACCUGCCUUUGGAAGCAACCAUUCCUGAAACAGAUGACCUUUAAAAUAUUACUGUGCUCUUGAUUAUUCAGCCAAGGCAUGUUUUUUUUUCAAUAUGGAUAGAUAAUGUUUUGUGUUUCAACCGACUAUGGCUAUAAUUCAUACCAAACAAAAAAACCCCUGUGUACUUUGGAUUAAUUUUUAGUCAGGCCUUGACUUCCUCAUAUAUUUUGCUGAUUCACCUCUGUAUACUUUGCUGGCAGUACAUGGAAACACCAUUUACAAAUGGUGUUUCUGCUGCAUCUCUGGGAAAAUUACUGUGGUGCAAUUGCAGAAAAUCCAAGGAAAUUCUGGGUCCAGUUUUUAAUCAAAUAUAAAAAAUACACCAACUAAUAUACCAACUCUGUCCAUGUUUUGUUUUCUCCACAAGUUCAAAUAGUCUGAAAAAUCUUUGCUUUAGCAACAUUGUACUCGGUAAAGCUUUGUCACCACAGUUAGUUUUCUGAUGAAUUUCUAUGCUUAGCACUGAUGUUCACAAUAUUUUACAAAGUAUUCAGAUGAUCUCAUAGUUUAUCCUGUCCUUUGUUUAAAGCACUUUGACUAAGCAUCUUGUAGUUUCAAAUUUUGCAAAAACAUUGAACUGUGAAAUUAUCUAUUGGCAAAAUGUAAAAGUCUAUCCUUUCAAAAACUACAGGACAUUUAGCUCUGAACUAGAGUAAUAUUGUUUCCCCUACUUUCCUUUCAAUUUUUUCCCAUUUCCUCUUCUUCUGACUUAUCUUCUCUCUCUCUCUCUCUCUCUCUCCUGUAGCAGCAACUUGCACAGGAGCUUUGUUCUGACAGCAAUGAGCUAUCAAGUGACCAACAUGAGGCUUGACAAUGACUGUUAGCAACCUAAAAGGAUAUCACAUCCAAGCUCAGUGCCGUUCUCAUCCAAAAUUCACAGUCAAGUACUUCUAGCAGAAGUCACCUGAUAGGGAGGGGAAUGCAACGCAUGACUGACUUUUCUCUUCCCAAAUCCACUGAUUAGGUUGUGUUCCCUUUCCCCAUUGCCUUUGAGAAUGUUUAGCUUUGACCAGGAAUUAAACUUAAGAAUUGUUUCAUUUGUAUGGUUCAAGAUCUCAUCAGACAGUGGGGUUGUUUACUAAAUGUGAGUCUGUGAGUCCAAUCCUUUUUUCCCAAUAUUCUCAAUAUUUCCAAAUAUUUUUCAGAAUGCUGAGUCACAAUCUUCUUGUAACAGCGCCAGUGAGCUGAAUCCUUCCCAACUUCCUGAGCAGUUGUUAUUGCAACUAAAGUAGUUGGAAACAUGUCUGGUUCUUAUUGGACUGAGCAUGGUAGAAUAUUGUUAUUUUAAAAUUAACUUGCUGAUUAAAGUUAUAAUGCGAUGAGAGGGAAAACCAACUAGAACUCCAAAAAGGGUGUCCAUGCAAAUAGUGGAAGUUAGCCAAUCCGCCCUGCCUUUCAAAUUAUCAUUCAUUGUAGUCCUUGGUUUGUUUUAUAGUGCUGGUGAGCAACAGGUAAUGUUAUAUUAUAGGGUGAACAUUGCAAGACUUGUCACAGGAUAUUGCAUGAUAACAAAUCAUUGUCCCAACUACAAUCUCUUAAUAACACAAACAAUAGUGGAAUGCUAUAACAGUGAACAAACAAAGAUAAAUGAUGUAAUGUACAGAAAUAACAAUAGAAACUAUUAUUGAUUUGUGAUGCUACAGUCACAGUUCAGGGCCACAGCUAUAUUGUCACUACAGCUGUAGCAUCAGUUGUAACAUAUUUUGCUUUGCACUGACAUUAAAAAUGUAGUAUAAAUUGAGAGUCAGAAUCUGAUCUGAUGCUGAAGUUUGACUGCCCUGCAAAUGCUAUUUUGUUUUGUUCCAGUGUUAGAUAAGACCCCAGAUCUGGAUUUUUAGCACUAGUCUGAGUGAGACUCCUUGUUGUGGCACUAAAGUUGUAGUGCAAUUGUAUUGUGAAUCAUCAUUGUCUAAUAACUGGAAUAACUAAUUUCACUCCAUCAGAAGAAGCCUCCAAAGAGUCAUCAUCGCUGACUUCAGAAUACAGAUAAUGUACAUUUAACUGCUGUUGCAGACGAGACCUUCCUCAUUCUGCCACCUGCAGGGAUGAUUUGUAGAUUAUCCAGCUGUUCCACAGCUUUCUGACAGCAAAUUUGAUUGGUCUAUUAACUGUAGCAUCCAACAUCUAAUUAAACUUAGACAUCUAAAUAUCAUAGAUGGUAUUGUGAUUGAUUGAUUGAAAAAAAGAUUUGCAUUCAUCAUUUAUCACAAUUCUUAACAGUUCUUAAAAUGCUUCACAAUAAACUAUUUUGAAGUGCA